AUGACGGAAUCAAGCAUACAAGCGCAACGUUUGAAACGAGUGCAUGAGAAGGCAAAAGACUCCCUUAGCAUUAGCACGCAGGUAGCACCGGCCGGCGGCGUGGCUGCCAAUGUCACCAUUUACCACAUGGACAUCUCCUUUCGCAGCACGCGCAACAAAUGGAGUAUCGCCAAGCGUUACUCAGAUUUUUACGCUGUACGCCAGCAACUACGUAAGUUUACGAAGCAGCACAACCGACAGCAGUGCAGCAACUUUAGUAAUCUGGUUCCGAUACUUGCGCUUAAUAAGACACUCGAAUCGGUUUUUCCUCGCCGUCACUUUCGCAGUGACAACAUUACGAUUAUCGCUGAGCGUCGAGUAGCACUUGAGUCUUUUGUGCAGUCGCUUGUAAAGAUUGUUGCUAGCAUUCCUAUGGCUAUUGACCUUGCUAGUGAUAUUGAGUCAAUCACAACCACCGAGGGAAAACAAUUAGCAGAGCUGUAUGCAAUUUUACGCGAUUUUCUCGAGUACCCGGACAAGCAGAUUGAGAGUGAGGCCAAGCUGACUUUGGCUGUUUUGUCACUUGAAGAUGUAGUCGUAAACUCUCGUCGCAACAUACUCGCAUUCGAUGGAAGAGUAUGCAGUAACGAAUGCUGUAGUAUCUGCCUUAGCGAAUGGGACGAUGAGGAUUGCGGCGGAAUGAAUGUGGUUAAGCUGCCGUGCGAGCAUGCUUUUCACGAAGAGUGCUUACUUGAGUGGCUGCAGGGGAGUACGCAUUGCCCAAUGUGCCGCGAGGAACCCAAGACUCUUGGAUUAAGUACAUGUACAGAUGAAAGUGCCGCUCAACACCACGAUCAUGGCCUUAAGACCUAUGCAGAGGCUUUAACGGAGAGGCAUAGUUAG